UACAUAUGUCCAUAACCCACACCAAUGUCACACAGUAAAUAUAUUCAGUUUAAAUUGAACUAAACUAUUACAGGAGGAGUAUCUCUCUCUCUCUCUCUCUCUCUCUCUCUCUCUCUCUCUACCCCCUCCAAGUUUUGUUUGCCUCGCUCCCUCUUGAAGCAAAGAUACCCAAAAAUAAAACAGAAGAACUUCAUGAACUGCAUGUCCUCUGUGUGGAAAAACACUUUGCUAUCUGGGAUUGCAACACCACACACGCUCUGUCCUAAGGAUAAGAUCUUCGUUCUUCAUCUACACGGUUCUACUCUCCAACAGUUAACUCUUUUUCUCCUGUCGUUCAUGAUUAAAGUCCUGAUUUCAUAUACUCUGUUGUUGGAUAGCAUGAAACAGAACCUCUUGGACAUGGGCCGAGCACUUUACCCCUCAUUUAAGGCAGACUCGGACCCAGACCUGAAAGCAUCAGUGGGUACCGAUGGCCAGACAGAAAGAAUGGUGAUGAAGAGGGAGAUCUCUCUGGCCAACGGCGUGUGCCUCAUCGUGGGAAACAUGAUCGGCUCAGGGAUCUUUGUGUCACCCAAAGGCGUUCUCCUGCACAGCGCGUCUUACGGCUUGUCGCUGUUCAUCUGGGCACUCGGAGGCUUGUUCUCUGUUUUCGGUGCCCUCUGCUAUGCCGAGCUUGGCACCACCAUUAGCAAGUCAGGUGCCAGCUACGCCUACAUCCUGGAGGCCUUUGGUGGAUUCCUGGCCUUCAUUCGCCUCUGGACUUCAAUUCUGCUGGUGGAGCCAGCGAGCCAGGCUAUCAUCUCUUUGACGUUUGCUAACUACCUGGUGGAGCCUCUGUACCCGACGUGUCAACCUCCAUACGAGGCUGUGAGAAUCAUUGCUGCCGCCUGCAUCUGUGUGCUGACCUUUAUAAACUGUGCCUAUGUGAAGUGGGGAACUCUGGUCCAGGAUAUCUUUACCUACGCCAAGAUCUUGUCCCUCAUCCUCAUCAUUGGAAUUGGUGUUAUAAAAAUAGUUCAAGGAGAGACUCAGAACUUUGAGAACCCAUUCAAGGGCUCCUCCAUGGAGGCUGGGAGCAUCGCACUCGCUCUCUACUCGGCUCUGUUCUCCUACUCCGGCUGGGACACGCUCAACUUCGUCACGGAGGAGAUUGUGAAUCCGGAAAGGAAUUUACCCCUAGCUAUUGCCAUUUCUAUGCCGAUUGUAACGACCAUCUACCUUCUGACAAAUGUGGCGUAUUACUUAGUGCUGGACAUACCUUCCUUCAUGGCCAGUGAUGCAGUUGCAGUGACUUUUGGAAAUCAGGUUCUCGGACCCAUUAGCUGGGUCAUCCCCAUUGCCGUGGCUAUGUCCUGUUAUGGAGGACUGAACGCCUCCAUCAUUGCUGCCUCCAGGUUGUUCUUUGUGGGGGCGAGAGAGGGCCACCUCCCAGACAGCCUGGCUCUGAUCCACACUGACCGCUACACUCCUGUCCCUGCACUCCUCUUCAAUGGUGCGAUGGGUCUGAUCUUUUUGUGUGUGGAAGAUGUAUUCCUGCUAAUCAAUUACUACAGCUUCAGCUACUGGCUGUACAUGGGAUUAUCUGUGGUGGGACUCCUCUACCUUCGCUUCACACAGCCAGACAGACACAGACCCGUGAAGCUUACACUGCUCAUUCCUGUCAUCUAUUGCUUGUGCAGUCUUUUCUUGGUCAUCGUGCCCCUCUAUAGUGAUACCAUCAAUUCCCUCAUAGGAGUAACCAUUGCACUGUCUGGUGUACCGGUGUACUACUUCUGCGUCUACCUGCCUGUGGAGAAAAGGACGAAAUGGUUUGGUCAGCUCAAUGCAACCAUCACCAAAUACACCCAGAUCAUAUGCUUCUGCUGCCUAACUGACCUCAACUUGGAGCAAGAGAAGUUGGCUGAGAACAAGAUUCAGUGAUCUACAAAAGAACAACACGCAGAACCGGUUCUCUACUUAAAGACGGUUUGAAGUGGAUGUGGAAAUUUGGCACUUUAACCAAGGAUGGGAUCCAGUGAGAAGCUGUAAAACUUGAACGUACACUACCGUUCAAAAGUUUGGGGUCACUUUGAAAUGUCCUUAUUUUUGAAAGAAAAGCACUGUUCUUUUCAAUGAAGAUCACUUUAAACUAAUCAGAAAUACACUCUAUACGUUGCUAAUGUGGUAAAUGACUAUUCUAGCUGCAAAUGUCUGGUUUUUGGUGCAAUAUCUCCAUAGGUGUAUAGAGGCCCAUUUCCAGCAACUCUCACUCCAGUGUUCUAAUGGUACAGUGUGUUUGCUCAUUGCCUCAGAAGGCUAAUGGAUGAUUAGAAAACCCUUGUACAAUCAUGUUAGCACAGCUGAAAACAGUUUAGCUCUUUAGAGAAGCUAUAAAACUGACCUUCCUUUGAGCAGAUUGAGUUUCUGGAGCAUCACAUUUGUGGGGUCGAUUAAAUGCUCAAAAUGGCCAGAAAAAUGUCUCGACUAUAUUUUCUAUUCAUUUUACAACUUAUGGUGGUAAAUAAAAGUGUGACUUUUCAUGGAAAACACAAAAUUGUCUGGGUGACCCCAAACUUUUGAACGGUAGUGUAUAGUCAUUGGUUUUCUGCAUACACCAAUUUGUACUGUUCUGAAAUACUACACCAAGAAUGACAUGAAGAGAAAAUAUCGUCUGUUUUACAUGAUCUUUUAUUUUUUUAAAUAAGAUUGUGAUGUUGUCGUACAUUUUUAUUAAAUGUUUCUCCAAAA